ACUCUUAAAUCAACUUAUCAGCAGUCCAUUGAUGACAAAAGUUGAUGUCAAGACAAACCUAGAACAUCAAUUAAGACAAACAUUCAUUAUAAAAUAAAAUAAAAAAUCAAUUGUUCUUUUUAUUAUUAGGAGACAAAAACAAUAUCCCAGCUUGGAGUUGUCAAGAUCUAUGAUCAAAUGACAACUGUAAAAGAAAUGAGAAUAGGAAACAAGAGUAUAUAUAUAUAUAUAUAUAUGUUAUCCAAAUACAAGAGAAUUCCUAUCAAGAAAGAUGAACACAAUGGGAAACCUACUUCUGCUGGUUCUAGUGAUGACGGUUGGGCUUGUUAGGGAGGCGAAGGCGUUGAGCAGUGAACAUCUUUGCAGACAGUGCUCUGAAUGUGACACUAGCAAAUGCCCAGCAACUGAGGCUUAUCCUCACAUGACUGCAUUUGAUGAUUCCUUAAUUGCCGGAGCUUUACAGUCUGAUUAUGUAUCCUCCAAUGACAGAGGGGUUUACUCUGUCCCAAAUGUUAAAGGUGGAGAUUCAUCCAAAUUUAAUGCUUAUUAUGGUUGGCAAUCAACCUCCGGUUCAGCCUCGGGCUACCAUAGAUUCAGCAAUUAUAUGGACAAAUGCUCAGGUGGGGAGAGUUACUUAACUGUUAACAAGCAUGGAAAAGUGAGCCUAAGUUCUUUGAAGAAACUCGAUAGUUUGGCUGAUGCUGACUGGAAAUCGAUCAAUCCACCCAAGAACAUGAACCAUCGCGAAUUUAGAUUCUGGGUUUCACAUAGUACUGGAAAAUGUCUCACUGUUUUGCCCGCGAAAAGAAAAGGAAAGAAGAAGAAAACUGUUGGUGUUAAAGACUGCAAGUUUGAUGGUUCCAAUCCUUAUCAGCUAUUUGCCUUCCGUUUCCAUUAUCAUAAGGCCUUCUGCUGUUGUGGAGUUCACAAUGAGUAGUAAUUAGUAGAUUAUAUCCACUUAAUUAUCAGUUUGCCACAACAAAAAAGAUGGAUUUCACAUUGUGUCAGAAAGCUAAUAAAAAUAAGAGAUCAAAAUUGGUGUGUAUAUUUGCUCAUUGAUUAUGAGCUACCCAUUAUUGUUCUUCUUGGUUUGCUAUAAAUGAAUAUCAAUACAAUUCUUUAACUACAGAACAAAUAUAUAGAGUAUCCUUGUAACUUUUAA